ACGAAUGACGUCAAACAAGUGCUUAUUUUUCGACUGUGAGUAUACGAAAAAAGUAUUUUUCUUUUUCUUUUACCCCUUCUUUUAUUGAAACGCACAAAUAUACACACAAAAAAGAAGAAGAAGGGUGAUGGAUAGAAUAUUCAGUACAAACACAGUAGAGAAUGAAAAUAUAGAUUAUGAUGACAAUGAAGAUUCUGAAUCCAACACAGAUGGUUCCUUACAGAGUUGGAUUAGUUGGUUCUGCUCACUUUCUGGACAUGAAUAUUAUUUAGAAGUGCCUGAAGAAUUUAUUGAAGACGAAUUUAACUUGACUGGAUUGUCAGCACUUGUUCCGUUUUAUAAUGAAGCACUUGAAAUGAUAUUAGAUAUUGAGCCUGAAGAAACAUCAGAUCAUGAACAUCAAGAUGUAUCUGAAGAAGAAGAAGAAGAUGAUGAUGGAUUUUGGUUAGAAAAACCACGCCAACCUCGACACAGUGGGUGGGUUGAUCCCAAUGUGGUGGAACCCUACGCUGCUAUGUUAUAUGGCCUGAUUCACGCUCGAUAUCUUGUUACACGGAAUGGUCUCCGGCUGAUGGCUGAGAGAUAUUCGAGUGAGCAGUUUGGUGUGUGUCCUCGUUACUAUUGUUACAAGUGUCCAGUGCUUCCUUGUGGACGAUAUGAUGAAAUUGCGCGUGAAAGUGUGCGUCUUUAUUGCCCUUCUUGUAUGGAUCUCUAUUGUCCUCCAAACCCAAUAUUCCAGAAUAUUGAUGGCUCUCAUUUUGGUACUACUUACGCACAUCUUAUGCUUCAAACAUAUGCUGAAUUGAUUCCAAAACCAAAACCACACAUUUAUCAACCACGUAUUUUUGGUUUUCGAGUCAAUGAACGAUCUCAUGCUGGCCCAAGGAUGCAAUGGCUUAGAAUGAGACCAGAAGAAUACACUGAACAAGAUACAGAGGUAAGAUACAUAUCCAUAGAAACAAAUACUAACAUCAUGAUGGGCAGCCAUUGCAGGCGGUGGAUCAAAAGACAGAAGAGGAAAAAACAACAUUGACUGAUCAGGUGGAAGGAUGGCGAGUCCGAGACUCACGCUUCAAUAGUUUAUUUCGACGGUUUUUCUAAUUUAUAGGUGUGAUAUCAUCUCUGUAACACAAAUGAUGUUACUCGUUGUCAUUUUUGUAAUAGCCAAGUUGCACGCUUUUAAACUUUGUUACACAUCCAAAAAAAAAGUUAAUAUAUACCUGUGAAACUCCCUUUUCAAAUUUCUUGAUAUUGUUGGCUUUAGCCAUUCGUUCUGUAGUAGAAGGAAUUGAAGGAGAGUUAAAAAAAAAAGUAUAUGUAUUAUGUCAUUUCUUUAUUUUUUCG